CUCCAGGACCUCAUCAGUAAUGACUUGUUUUUUGGACAGCACUAUUUGUCUAUUAGCAAUUGGUGAAUGAAUCUCCCUCAGUCAAGUAGAUCUACCUUUACCUCAAGAUCCGUGUAUUUUUCUAGACUACCCGGGAAGUACAAGUAGCUUCUCACGGCACCCACCCAGUUUUCCCUUUCCCAGCGACUCGAAACAUUUUGAUUUACUUUUUCAUUCGUUCCCCCGAAAACUAGAAUAUGACCCCACCGCCGACCGUUACCGCAUCGCUUCCCAGCGUGGAGGCGACCGAGGCCCUCGGGGCGCUCCUGGCCUCCAAGUCCCGGAAAGGCGACAUUUUCUUUCUCCACGGCGAGCUCGGCGCGGGCAAGACGGCGCUGUCGCGAGGCUUUCUCCGGUACUUUUUCCAGAACGCGCAGCUCGACGUGCCCAGUCCGACGUAUUUGUUGCACUUCGUGUACCAACAGGACGCUCCUGAAGAAGGAAAAAAGUUGACGGAGGAGGAAGUGGUGGGAACAACGCAAGACCACUCUAUGUCUACGCACUCUUCAGACGACACGAAGGAGAUCUUGAAGAAAACUUCGGCGACUACUACCCGUACAAGCGACAGCACGAAGAUGGACCAUGUCCAGCAAGAACAGCUACCCCCCAGCACGAGGCCGACGCAGGAGCGGCCUUGCCAGCAACAUCCAGAGAAGAAGAUCGUCUUCAAGGCGUCCCGGUUCGCGCACAUUCCGAACUGCUCGGUGAACCACCUGGACCCCUACCGGCUCCCGGCGGGCAGGAUCGCGGGACUGGUGGACUUUGAGAAAAUUUUCCGCGAUGACGUCUGCCUGAUCGAGUGGCCGGAGCGGCUCGGGACGGCGAUCAAAGUGCCCCACGAGCGCGUGUUGCACGUCUACCUGUCCGGCGUCGGCGUGCAGGCGGAGGCACGGGAGGCGAAACUGGUGCCGGAGAGUGUGGACAAGGAGAACGAUGUUGCGUGGGACGCGCGACUCAAGGACUUUGCGCUGGUGGUGUCAGGCGCGGAUGGAGCCGCGCGGGGGCGGCACCACGUGAGCCCGUCGCUGCUGAGUGAGUUCUUCAUCGGGAAAGCGUUGGGCGGUGGGAGUAGUUCUUCCUGCACCGAUUUUAUGACGAAUAACGACACGGAGUCCACGGUGGACCAGAGCCCGCAGAGCAGCGAACAAGAUAAUGCUGUUGACCGCAGUGGCGACAAGGAAAAUGAAAAUCGUGCAAAAUCUCCAGUUCCAGAUCACGCCCUUGGGACUCGCGCUGGCGAAGCUACCCGUCGAUAUUCGGCUCGGGAAAAUGCUGUUGCUGGGCAAGAUUUUCGGCGGGUCGGAGUACUUACUGAACACAGUCUCCGCGCUAUCCAAGAAAAAAACUGUGUUAGUGUAAGUCUUUUGGGAAAACAGCAUCACAAGUUUGCUUGCCAUGACAGGACAAACUUGUUAUGCGCAGAUACAAAGGGAAAACACAUAGGAAGCGAGCCGGUCAUGCAUGUCGAGCAUGACAAGUGUACCUGUUUGGGAUUUUCUGCAUCACAGAUUUACACUUACACAGUUUUUUUCUUGCAUACGCACUGUCCAUCGCGUCAAGUAA